UUGUCAUAUCAAAUGUCAAGCGUGGUUUUACUUGAAAAAUGUUAUUGAAUUGAAUCGAAUUAUCCAUCUAAUUUACUAACGAAAAUAAUCUAAAUCUACUUUAAUUAAACAUGAAACUCCCUGAUAAAAAGAAAACUAAGAAGCAGAAAGAGAAAAGGAAGCCUAUUACCAAACCUAAGAAAGAAAAAGUUCUGCUUGUGGCACAAGAAUUUAAAUUUGCACGACUUCUUUCUGGAAACGAGAAAAAAACACGCGAUCGCGUGUUGAAAACGCUUAAAAAAUGGCUUACGAACUGUUUUGAUAAGAAGUAUGAAUUUAAAGAAGAUGAUUUUACCAGAGUGUGGAAAGGUCUAUUCUAUGCUGUUUGGAUGUCAGACAAACCUAUAGUGCAGGAGGACUUAUGUGACAGUAUUGCAGCAACCCUAGACUUGUUUCCAGCUGACCAAAUUCAAUAUGCUAUAAUGAUGAUAAAAGCAGGCUUCAAAGUCCUUGCUACUGAGUGGUAUGGAAUUGAUCAGCACAGAAUGGAUAAAUUCCUAAUGUUGGUGCGUCGCUAUCUUCGCGGUAGUUUCCGCUGCUUGCAGAGAUGUGAUUGGAAGCUCAAGAGCUGCCAGAUGUUUUCCAACAUGCUGUGCUCUAGUGAUGGUAUCCUGGCGUUAAAGACGCCACUUUACGCUCGCAAUGCAGCGUCCAUGAUGUUGCACAUCACAGACUGUUACCUAGAAGAACUAUCGAAGGUAUCCAAAGGUCAAAUACCUGAAGAAAGCUUGGUAGCUCUCAUAUACCCCUUCAGCAUUCAAGUGUGCGGGGGUGACAGCACACUUGCUAUUACUUGUAGAAGACUAUUGACUUCUUUGGUUCAACAAAGUGAGCUUGGAUUAGAGUAUGAUAUUGCUACAUCUGCCUGGAAAAAGUUGGGAUGUCCCGCUGGUGGUCCCGAAGCUCUAGAGCGUGUCUCAGAUGACGAAACUGAUGAUGAUGAUGAGUAUGAAAACGGACAAGCUGACGAAUCUAUGGAAAAUGGUGAUGAAAACGAGUCGCUUCCUCUAGAUCCUCGAGCGGGUCGUGUGAAUGUUAGUUUGGAGCCACUUCCUGUACCGGCCAAGCUUUUAGCUGAACAACUAAGAGAAUUAAUGACAACAUCCUCAUCCAAGGCAUACAAACGAGCAAAAAUUUGUUUAGAACGUUUCGAAGAUCUAAGUCGCAACCAGUAUCCGCUCCGAGUGCCGGCCUCAGACGCAGCGGGGCUGGAACCGAACCUGGACCGCGGCGAGCCGAUACGAGCAGCCACACGGCUGCGUGCGUUGGAGAAACAGCUCGUCAAACAAUCGGACGAGCUCGCCUUACGAGGUCUUAGUCGAAAACACCGUAAAAGACUUCUUGCGAAAAGUAGGUCUGGUGUGAACAUCGUGGAUGAAAUCUCUUCUGAAACAACUCCAUUAGAUACCACUAAUGGCGACUGGCAAGUGGAAACAACGAAACCAGAGGAAAAAGCUAAGAAAAACGAUUCCAAUAAAGAAAAUAAGGCAGUUGACAAGAAAAAUAAUAGAAAACGAAAACUUAAAGACAAAAAUAGUGUUGAGCUCAGUAAAAAACCUAAAGUCGACGAAAACAAUAAACCAAAACAUAUCAAAAGUAAGAAAAAUAGUAAAGUUAAUAAGAAACUUCUAACCAAUAGUGAAGAUAGCAAAAAAAUAGUUAAAACAGAAAAUGUUAAAAAGGAAAACAAAAAUAACAAAAAUAUAUUAAAUAAGGAAAACAAAAAUAACAAAAUUGUAUUAAUUAAGGAGACUAAUAAAGUUUCGAAUAGUGAUAAGAGUAAGGAAUUUAAUAAGUUGUCAGAUAGUGAUGAGGUGAAAAAACUAUCAGUUAAUAAGAGUAAGAAAAUAACAACAACACAAGACAAAGUAUUAAACUUUAAAACAAACAAACAGACAAAUGAAGUUGCUAAUAUAAAAAAACAAAAAGUUUUGAAUCCUAAAGAGUUGAAAGCAAAUAAAAAAACGGAACCGCACCUUGUAGUGAAUAAGGUAAAAAACUACCAGAAGCAAGUAAAUGGCAAAAUAAAAAAAGACGGUAGCCCAAAGAAAAGGGUUAAUAUAGAAACGCCGAAAAAGGUGAAGUUUGUGCUGAAGAAUAACGGCAUGCAAGGAACGGUCGAUUAUUACAAAAGUGUUAGACAAAGUCCGAGUAUCCCGUUUGACAGUAGCAAACAGCCGAACAAAACGAACUUGAAACCUUCCACGCCAUCUCCUAUCAAUCCGUUCUUUAAGAAGAAAUUAAAAUUAAAAUCACUUUGAUGACUUUAUCUUUUGUUGAAACUUCAUUUACACUACAGUUAAUAUUAGGUUUAUUUUUCAGUUAUUGGUAUUUAAUUAUGCUUGUUUUACAUUUCUAAAUGUAUCAUUUGUUACUAGGACUAUGAAUUGAAUGACGCUGCCAGUUCUGAAUCUUAAAAAUAUAAAAACAAACAUUUGUAAUUAAUAAAACAUCUUAUUUUAAAGGCUGUAUUAGUUUUAUCAAAGUAAAUUUUAGAAUCCUUCAACCCAAGCCUUAAAUUGAUUCUUCGGAAACAUAUGUCAGUUGCCAGUUCUUUUCAGAACUGGCAACUGACAUAUGUUUCCCCCUUUUAUACAUUCUGUUUUGUAUAUGUACGUUGAGAUAUUUUUGUAAGUUGUCGUUAUUUUUAUAUUUUGUAAAGUACCUAAUGGUGUCAAUUCUGUUAUAUAUAACUUAAACUUAACUAAAUUACAGGAACGAAAAACUAUACCUUCACUAGCACAACUAUUAUUCCUGUAAAUUAAGGACCUAUUUAUUUGUUUACAACAUAAUUAGCAGCAAUACAAUUAAAUCUAACGAUAUAAAAGAUGUUAGCCGUCGAAUGUCCAUAGAAUCCUUUAAGUUUACCUCAAACCUAUUUAUUCACUAUUUACUACUGACAAUUAAAUGUUAAAAUGGUUUUAAUUUUGAUAACGCGUCUUGCAUGCAAAACCCGAAUAAGACUAACAUUUUUUGUUUUGCUCAUAAUGCUCAAGAUAUAUUAUAUUUUGUACCUAAGGACGAGAGAAAAUAUUUUGACUUUACAUACAUGUGACACUUGUUUACGGUGAUGUGUGUCAAAUGUCAAUCAUGAUAGUUUUUUUUUAUAACGAAUGUGUAUCACGGACAUUUUGGAUGGUUUACAAAUUUAUUUUGCUGCUGAAAACUGAACCAGCGGAGUCCCUUCGAAACAUUUAUUUUGAGAUAUUCAAGUAGUGAAUAAACGGAAUAAAAAUAAUAUCGUGUUUCCUUUGAUGGUGCAGGAAUGUUUAUGUGGAAUGCACUAAACAUCCGCUUGCUAGUUUUUCAGCUCUUUGGCUAUUUUUAUGUCUAACGUAAAUUAAAAAUUUAUUUAUUUUAACUGCAACUGCAACUUCAAUCUGUCUGUCUAUCUGUCCUCUGCGUCCAAUACCUGAUAAUAAUGAAAAUUCUAGAAAUGAAUAAAUUAAUUCUAGACAGUUCUGCAAUCAUUAUCGGUGACAUUUGCGCGGCGGUGAGCAUAGGAAUUUAAUUCGAUCAGCGUUUUAGAAGUGCAUUAUUUUUUAUAUAACUACUAAACUGUAUUUACAUUAAAUAUUGCGCAGAGAUAUAGGAUAUGAAUCACUAAAGGAGCCGCCUUCGUAGCACUAAAAAUAGUCACUGUGUAUAAAAAAAAAACUGAAAAUGAUGAAGAAAUGUUCUAUUUAUGGCAAAAUAUAAGAUUUAAGGUAGUUCAUUCUAAUAUUUUGUUAUUUGGUAUUCAGCAUAUGGUGAACAGUGUAAAAAUUAUGCUACCAGUAGCAUAUUUUAAUUAUAACGGUGCUAUGUCGAAACUGCUAGUGUUUCUUAGCACAAUUUGUUAUGUUAUUAUGACUAUGUAUUGAAUAAUGAAAUAAAAUGUUUUUUAAAUAA